UUCUUCUAAAAUUUCAAAUUCGUAAUUUCGUUUUUUUUUUUCGUUGGAAACUUUGGAAAUUGGCAUUUGCCAAUUUUGUGCACUCAAAUAAAAUUCGAAACUAAGUAUUAUGUCCAUACAAGUAGUUCUAUGAAAAUUAACUUAAAUAAGAAUAAUUUUAAAUAUACAAAAUUAAAGAAUAAAAACAAAAUAAACAACUUUUGGUAAUGGUGUUUGUGUAAAGUGAAAAUUCGACGGCGUGAUUAUAAUUUAUAGCAAUUCAACCAACUGAACAGCAACUAAUUCAACGAAAAUGCCGAGUAAGCUGAAGAAACGUAGCACUAAGAAGCGCACCAUGAAGGCCCUUUCGUUAUCGAAAUUCAAAAAGCUUGUUGUGCCACGCCCAGACGUCUUGCAUGGGUAUUUGCGUCAUGACGAGAUCAAUCUCUAUCUGGAAUAUCUGCAAAAUCGCUACAGUUUUGUGCACGUGAAACUACUGGGCCAAACAUAUGAACGCCGCCAAUUGAAAGCCAUCGAAAUAGAUUGGAAUAGUGAGAGGAAUUUAGAACUAACCGAGCGUGAGCGUUCGCGAUGCCCAUACUCGUGUGCUGAAAAAAUGACAGCACUGGUUCCGCCGGCAAUAAGUAAUAUGCACAAUAAAUUGCUGGGUCGUCGUAAUACGAUCUUCAUCGAGGGUGGCACACAUGCGCGCGAAUGGAUGACCAUAUCGGUGGCGCUCAAUUGUAUCUAUCAGCUGACCGAGAAACAUAUGCGAAACUAUGAGUUGCUGCGUAAGCUGCGUUUCAUUAUUGUGCCCGUCACGAAUCCGGAUGGCUACGAGUAUACGUUAACGAAAAAUCGACGAUGGCGUAAAAAUCGGCGACCAAUCACACAUUCCCGCCACAUCGGUACCGAUUGUAAUCGAAAUUACGAUUUUCACUGGGAAAAUGGCCCAUCCAAAACUGCGCGCAAUACAUUUAAGGGGCUAAAGCCGUUCUCGGAGCCGGAGACGCGCGCCAUGCGCAACAUCUUGCAACAGAAUGAGCAGAGUUUAUUGUUCUUUCUAUCGUUGCACUCGUAUGCUGAGUGUAUUAUGUAUCCGUGGGGAUAUUGCAAAGAGCUUCCCGAGACGUGGCAAAAAUUGGAAAAGUUGGCCUUAACCGGCCGCAAUGCCAUUAAAGCGUACAACGGAAGGCAUUAUCGCGUUGGAAGCAUAGCCAAAUUAAGUAAACGUUGUAUAUCUGGUUCAGUUGUUGACUAUGCUUUCGGCGUCAUAAAAGUACCAUUGGCUUUGGUUAUGGAAUUGCCAUCGCAUGCAUUGGGUUUCCAACCAGCAGCGGAAUCAAUCAGCCCCAUUGGGCAUGAAAGUUGGUUCGGUAUUCGCGAAAUGUGCAAAGUGGCCUACGACUUGGCGACACCAUUUUUUAGCAUGGAAGGAGCACAACUUACAAAUAGAAGUAAUAGCGACAAAGAACAGCCGCAACCGCAAUCACCAAUAAUUAAUAAGCAGUCAUUGCACGACGUAGUUAUGCCCACAAGCGAUACGGUUGCAUUGUAGGAUACUUAAGUGGCUGUUAAAUGUUGAACAAAUUGUAAAAUGCAAUUUCGAUUUUCAAUAAAAUAAG